CUAUCGAUAUCAAACUGCAUAUACUGUGGGGCGACCAUUACAGUCUUUACGACUUUAUUGAACACUACAGACUUUGAUAUCACGGAUAACUAUUCUCUAAGUACCCACAAUACGUUACUAGGCCGGUCGAAGGUAUUGAGGCUAUGGAACAAGCGUCCUAAAGCGUUGUCGAGCAGGAUUACUCGACUGACACUGCUAACAUUGUGGUAAUACAAAAUUGGUAGUCUGUAGUCUGUUAGAGCUCCUCAGAACACUUUACUUCUAAACGAAAAAGAACUCUACAUGGAGAACGAGACGGGUGGCGGUGAAGUUCACGACCCCACAACUACAUACACAGUUUUAGGCCUCUACGGUGUUUUGGACAUAACAAUCUUAGCAGCAAACAUACUUGUGCUGUUCCUAGUUUACAAGAAACGCAAUCUACGUACAGUCACCAACAACUUCCUGGUGAGCUUGGCUGUGAGCGACCUAUCGACAGGACUAAUAGCUAUUCCCAGUUCUAUUGCAUGUUCAUUGACGGUCACAGAGAAUACGUGUAUUGCAAUGGACAUUUGCAUACGCUUUCUAGCCUUCUCGUCCGUUACCCACCUGACGGUGUUGACCCUGGAGAGAUAUCUACGAAUCACUAAGCCAUUUGCGUACAGAUCUCGUGUAACGGGGAAGAGCACAUACCGGGUUAUAUUCGGGAUGUGGGGGUUUUCGCUGCUUGCUUCGCUCGUUCAGUUGUCGUGGAUCAAAAACUUGGCUAUCGAUGAGAAAGACAUGAUACAAAUCGAGAUCAUCUACGACUGUGUAUCAUUCGCAAUAGUCGUGGUCAUACCAUUAUUCCUCAUCUCCGGUAUCUACAUCGCUAUAUUUCGUUUCAUCCGGAGACACAACGCAAGAAGGGGUGAGGUGCUAGCAACGAGUACAAGCACGUCCAGCCAGAAAAAAGCAAAUGCCAAGAACGAAAGGAAACUUUUACUGGUCUUCCUGGCAAUGAUAGUGGUGUUCAUCCUGGGCUCAUUCAACUACUUUUUCUGGGCAAURCUUCUUGACCUCCACGAGCACCACAGUAUUCGGUUCACUAGUAAUACAUAUAACAUGGUUGUUAGGUUYACCAUGUUUUUUCGUUAUUUCUCAUCACUUUGUAACCCAGUGCUGCUGACGUUCUUCAAACAAGAUUUCCACGAGGCUCUCAUGGUAGUCGUGGGUCGAAGAAGGGUUCCAAGAGAGAAGAGAAUAUCGAGCAAGGAAGAAACAAACGCGACGUCUAAGGUACUUUGAAAGUCGUCAAGCCAGCCAUUGUUGGAUAAAAGCAAACGAGAUUUUUUCACUGGGGAAAAUAUUGUCUUACUGUUUGAUGAACUAUACUCAACUAAGCAAGCCGUAAAUUGAUGAAACCAGAUAGGUUCCCUUUGCAGUAAAAUUCCAUGUUUGAUAAACUAAACCAAACUUAGCCAGCGAACGAUUGAAAACAGUUACGCUAUAUAACCUAGACCAAUCAAUUAAAUGAAGUAAGGAUGUUAAAAGUUUUAAGAGUAAGUUAAGAGGGAAUCUUCUUCGUAGAUUUAGGAACUCAUGAUUA